CGGUUGGAUAAGGUAUUUAGAGUAGAUUGAGUUCAGACAAAUCGAGCUAAUCACCAACUCCCCCUCUCUCAGACUCUUGCAUCUUUCUCUAACCUCAAAAAUGUUGCUUCUUACACCAGCAUCCACUUCUCUUUUGUCACACCCAGCAAAUGGUCGCAAUGUCACAUACAGAACAAGCACAACCAGAUUCCACACCCGACUCAAGGUCAUAUCCAUGGCCAAGCAAACUAGCGAAGAAACCAGCAGCACAACCACAGAGAAAAUAGCUAUAGCCGGCGGCUUAGUCUCCAACCCUGUCAUUGGUUGGUCCCUCUACACUCUCAAGACCACCGGGUGCGGCCUGCCUCCCGGACCCGGCGGCUCCAUUGGUGCACUUGAAGGUGUGAGCUACCUAGCUGUGCUGGGAAUAGUUGGUUGGUCUUUGUACACCAAGACCAAAACAGGUUCAGGUCUCCCUAAUGGACCAUUUGGGUUGUUGGGUGCUGUUGAGGGUCUGUCUUACUUGUCUUUGCUUGCCAUUUUGGUUGUGUUUGGGAUUCAGUUUGUUCAGCAGGGCUCCAUUCCAGGACCCCUCCCAACUGAUCAGUGCUUUGGAUGAAGAUGAAGAUGAUGAUAAUGUGAGAUUAUGGGCCACUACGAUCCUAUCUUGUGUUUGUGGCCAAGCUUUGUCUGUCCUGGGAUUUAAAGUAUUCUACUACAGUCCGGUUUAGGUUAUGUAAGAGCCUCUGAUUCUACUAUUCAGAAUUUCAGAUGUUGUUCACUUGUUCCUUCAGUUUUAUUGUGGUGUGCGGUUUACCUACCUAAUUUGGUUUCCAACUAUAUAUAGGAGCUUCAAUAUA